UUCCUCUCCCUGCAAAGAAAAAAAAAUCGCCUGCGCGCCACUGCCGCGUGGGCCCGCGAGCGAACAUUCCGCAUCUUUGAAACUGCACGUUUAUAUGCAACUCAUUCAUUGGUGGACUCUUUCUCUCUCCAAUAACAGGUCUUUCCUUCCCUAGCCCACCCUCGUUGAGCUCCUGCUCCACGCACAGCCUCCGGUCCGCCCUGAUCGCGCCAUGGUGACGGCGGUAGUGGAGUCGCCGCUGCGGCAGCGGCAGCGACAGAGGCUCCGGUCGCCGCUCGCCGGCGCUGGCGCCGGCGUGGGAAGCUCCGGCGGCGACGGGGGCUUGGAGCUGCGGCACGCGUGCCCUGCGAAGCGCGGCUCCGGGUCCGGCGGCAUGCGGGGCCGGCGGUGGGUGCCGCCGGAGAUCGAGAUCCCCGACGUCCUUCUUCCUGGCGGCGGCGGCGGGCGCGGGUACACCAGCCUCCGCGACAUCAUGUCGUCGCCCGAGUACGCCGCCGCCAAGGCCGCCAGCUCCCCCGACGAGCCACCCGGUGGCGGUGGCGCAGCAGCCGCCGGGGACGUGCACAUGAUCCGGCACCCGCUGGUGAAGCACGCCGCGUACGCCUACCUCCAGCUGACGCCGUCCGCGAGGGAGGAGGCCCGGAGGCGGAUGCUGCAGCGGCGGCGCGGCCCGCUCUGCCGCGUCCUCUUCGGCUGCCUCGGCUUCCUCGGCGCGCUCUUCGGCCGGUGACCGCGCGCGGACGCACGGGCCGGUCCGGUCCGGUCCGUCCCACAGUUUUGCGGCCGCGUUUCUUUUUUUUUUUCCUCCUUACUUUCCCGUGUAACUUCGUUCAUCGUUUCUUCUUCUUCUUUUGUCUGCGUAUACAGUAUACUUAUUAGAAAACAGAAAGCAAUUGGCCUUUUUUGAAGUUUUCGGUUUGGUAUGGGUAACAGUAGGUUUUGUAAAUGUUUCUGUAGGUAAUAGCAGAGGUACACCACUGACCGGAAGGAUUUCAGAUUCUUGGUUGGCGUCA